AUGAAAGAAGGAUCUGUGUGGUUGCGCGGUAUGCGAAACGAAAGAAAGGGAAAUUUUUCGAGGGAUAUUUUACGGAGAUGGUGUUCGGGGCAGCAAAGCAGCAGCAACAGCAACAGCAACAACAUCGUGCUCGCGAUACCGGAACGGCGAAAGUUUAGACGCGUGCAUGGACUUCAGUUGCCGUUGCAUCCCCAACAAGUGACCGGCUGGAUCGUGAUCUUGAUCAUCGUGGUGAACACGUUCGCGAUACUGACGCCGCUGCUCGAGCCGAGGAGUCUACGCCCAGUUUUCUCGGUCGUGAUCGCUGCCGUUUUCUUCACGCACAUUUGCUCGCACUUGACGGUGGUUCUGUUGGAUCCGGCGGACCCGCGGGUCAGGUCUCAGCCGACGAACAAAGUUCUGCCGGAAUUCGACCGACGGAGGCACGCGCACGUGAUCGAGAACGGCAGAUGCCACCUGUGCAACAUCACCACCGAGAGCAAGAGGACCAAGCACUGUUCCAUCUGCAACAAAUGCAUCGUCCGAUUCGACCAUCAUUGCAAGUGGCUGAACAACUGCAUCGGGGCUAGAAAUUACCGUGCUUUCCUCGUCUGUUUGAUCUCCGCGAUCUUGGCAAGCCUGUCCGUCGCCGGCCUCUCCGUCACCGAGCUCUCCUUCUCCCUGCUUCUCGCCGACCGAGAACGCCAGCCCAACAGCCCAACCGCCGCCAUGGAGAACGAGAACGACAAUGAAAACAACAACACUACAACCACCACCACCACCACUAUCAUCACGACUACCAGCAGCACUACCGAUCCGGUGAUUCCGUUUAUCGCUCCUGCCUCCGACACCACUCUCAUUAUCGCCAUAUCCGCCAUCGGCAUUCUCUCGGCCAUCGUGGCCAUACUCUUGCUACACCUGUGCUUCUUUCACGGUUACAUCGCCUGCCUCGGGCUGACCACCUACGAGUACGUGCGCAACAAGAGGGAGAAGAACUCGGUGGCGGCAGCGCGGAUAGUCCCCGAGGAGGAUAGCUCGAGGCUGCGAUACGGUUUCUGCGCAACGAAUUUGUGCUCGCGCCGCGGUACGAACAUGGAUCUCGAGCGAGUCGAGUCGUCCCUCGAAGGCAGUAAGCCCUCGAACCAAGCUCCCUCCACUCCGUCCUCCCGUCGAAAGAGCGGAGACAGAGAGAAACGAAACUUUCGGCUGUGUUUCUCGGCAGCGUAUAAAGUCGAACCGUCGCUCUUCUGUUGCUUCGCCACGCUCAAUUCCGCCUUAACGAUGCAUUGCUGUUGCUUGACGAACGGCAGCAGAGAAACCGGCGUCCAGUCGGAGUCGAAGAAACGAUCCAGCUGCGACGACCGCAAGUCGGAUCGUCGGGUGGUACGCGCGUCGGUAAACUCCUGCGAGACGGUCGAGAGAAUCGGCAGGUUCCUUCGAACGUAUCUGAGCAAAGGCAACAGGAGAAGGAGGUGCAAGAAGAAGAGAAAGAGUCGGCAACAACAGUCGUACGACGGAGGGGGGACGAGCACGUUGCAAGUAGCAAAGUCCAAGGGACUGGACAGCGCCGCCGAUUCCGAUCGGAAUCGAACGAUCCUCGGGGACACGAGGACGGUGGCGCUGGUGUCGUCGCAACUCGGUGUGCUUGCAGCCACCACCACCGAGGACGAGUGGUCCUCCUCGCCACGGAAGAGUGGUGUUCCCUUGCCGAUCGGCGCAGUGGCGACGCCGCAGUCGACGUCGUCGUCGCGAUCUUACUCGUCGACUUCACCUUCCGCGCUGCAUCGUUCCUCGUCGUUGAUCACCACCGAGUUUGACCUGUUGGACACGCAGCAGAAUCGGCGGAGCUUGCUUCGGUCGCAAAAGACAUACAGGAGGCCGAGCAGCACGCACUUUUUCCUGCGAAGAGGGCAAAAAGCGAAAAUGAAUUCGCAGUCGAUCAAGCUCUCUCCAAUCUUGGAGUCCGAGUUAUCGAAACCCGUGACGCCACGAUCCACGCAUUCUUCUCUCUCGUCGUACUCGGCCCUCUCUAACCGUUCAGUUUGUUUGACGUCGUCAUCUUUGUCGUCGUUUUCGUCGUCGUCUUCGUCGUCGUCGUUGCCUUUCCACGAGAAAUCGAAAGCGUCUGAUCAGCAAACUGCGACAGAUUCUACGACAGGCGGCGAGAGGAAUAUCUGGAGAGAUGUACUGGGUUCUCCACGAUACGUAGUGGCACCUAUGGUCGACGCGAGCGAAUUAGCGUGGAGGCUGUUGAGCCGUCAUCACGGUGCCCAUCUCUGUUACACGCCGAUGCUUCAUUCCUCGGUGUUCUGUCGAGAUCCGAAAUAUCGUCGAGAAGCUCUCGUCAGUACUGCCGAAGAUCGGCCCCUGAUCGUUCAGGUAUUUAUUCGUCAGUUUUAUCGAUUAGACAAACGUCAAUCGACAAAUUCAAUCGUGCGCAGUAAAGUCUUUGUUCUUUCCACUCUCUGUGGACGAUCGACAGAGACGAUCUCAACAGAGACAGAUGAUAGAUCAGUCUUCACACAGCUUCGAUUUCGUUUGUCUCUUCACACACAGUUUUGCGGCAACGAUCCGAGCACGCUGUUGGAGGCGGCGCUUUUAGCCGAACCGUAUUGCGACGCGGUGGAUAUAAAUAUCGGUUGUCCCCAAGCUAUUGCGAAACGUGGCCGCUACGGUGCUUACCUUCAAGACGAUUGGCAUUUGCUUCGACAAAUCGUGAGCACAUUGAGCGAAAGACUUGGCGUGCCGGUAACUUGCAAGCUUCGCGUGUUUGCGGAGAUUGAUAAAACCGUGGAGUACGCGAGGAUGCUGGAGACUGCCGGGGCACGAUUGCUCACCGUGCACGGACGAACUCGGGAGCAAAAGGGUCCGUUAACCGGUGUUGCGUCUUGGAAUCACAUCAAAGCCGUCAGACAGGCGGUGAAAAUCCCAGUAUUUGCAAAUGGCAAUAUACAGUGCCUUCAAGAUGUCGAGAAAUGCAUAGAGGAAACCGGCGUUGACGGUGUGAUGUCGGCGGAAGGCAACCUUUACAAUCCGUACAUAUUCGAAGCGAGUUAUCCACCUAGUUGGGAGCCAGCGCUCGAAUAUUUAGAUUUGGUGGAACGUUACCCGGCUCCCCCUUCCUACAUUCGUGGCCAUCUGUUUAAAUUGUUCCAACACACACUUUGUUUAGCAGAAAAUAAAGAAGAGAGAGAAAAUUUGGCCCGAAAUUCUACCAUGGAAUCCUUCAGAAAUGUCGUAUGCGCUUUGAAGGACCGGUAUCUACCUUAUCACGAAGGUCGUUUGAUCUGGCAGGAAGAGAUAUCCGAUUACAACUUGAAACUACCUCCGUGGUUGUGCCAACCAUACGUACGUCAUUUUUCAGAAGAAAAUAUACAAAAGCUAGAACUCGAAAAGAUCGAAACGGUUAGCAGUUUCUACUGCGAACAAUUUUCUCAUUCCCGCCAAAGUGAAACGGCUAAGAGGAAAUUCAAAGAUGAAGAGGGAAAUGAAAUAUCACGGAAACGCAUGAAGAAAUUGAAACGAAUAGCGCGCCGUCCCAACAGGCCCGCUACUAUCGUCGUAAAGAGAGGAUCCGACUUGUGUUGCGAUUGCCCGAAUCCAGUGAGCCUCAAAUGUGUUCAUAAAUUAUGCCGGCAGUGUUGCAGAAACAAAUGUUUCACGGAAAAUCUGGAUUGCGCCGGGCAUAGAAAUUUAACUAAAACUAGAAGACAAAUGGCGAUAGAAUUUGCCGCGAAACGGAAAACUACUCAAGAUGCAAUAUGACAUUGUACGAUAUUCUAAAUUAUAAAAAUAAAAAUUAAAUAAACAUGUACACGUACCUAAUAUAUAUAUAUAUAUAUAUAUAUACAUAAAAAAAACAUAUAUAUAUAUAUAUAUGUAUACAACAUGAUGUUUUACGACUAU